UAAGGUUUUUUUUUUUCUUUUCUGCAAAUUCACUGCGAAGGCUCGUUUAAAAUCUUCACAAUGCCUACACGCUGGUGUUGUGUGCCGGGGUGCAACGCGGAUGACAGAAAACGGUGGAAAAGUAUCCGCUUGAUGGAGGAGUUACUUUCUACUCUUUUCCCCACGCAGGUAAAGAGGCAAGACGGAGGAAAACACGGAUCCACAUGGUUCGACCUGACCAGUUUGGGCUGCCAAAAGUACAUUCGAAAGUUUGCUCCAGGCAUUUUGAAGGCGGCGCAGGACCGACAGAAACUCACCCAGUUCCGACUAUAUUUAAUGGCAGCAUGCCGGCCAAGCAGAGAGCCUCCGCGGUCUGGGGGGAGGUUCGCCCCACGGGCGGCUGCACCGGCCCGGUACCGGUCCCUUGGGGCUCACAGAUAGGUACCGAAAAUAUGGAUAUUGAUCAUGAUAAGGAGAACUACAAUUCUGUGAUGUUUAAGGACAUCGUAGGUGAGGUGGAGCUGGGAGGUCCUUCUGUCCCCGUCAGAGCUGGAGUUUCAGAAAGGAUGAAAUUGUUGCAGGUUACCUGUGUGACACCACAACCCCAAGGCCAUGAUUAUGUCCACACAGAUGUCUCACCAACAACAUCAACAGCUACACAAACACUCCUUACCUGUGAAACCAUCAAGCAGCUUGAAGAUCUGGCAGGAAUCCCUCCAUCAAAGAGUUCUCUUGAUGACUUUGUGUCCAGAACCGUACUGGAGAGUGACGACAGAGUGAACUUCGAUGCAUGCAUCAAACCUUCAUCCACUCUUAAAGACUUGCAGCAGGUAUUGGUGAAUAAAGUUGUUCUCCCUGAACAGCAGGAAUGGAAUCAGAGUCUGGACCAAAAGGACUCAAGGCCUCCAAACAUUAAAGAGGAACAGGAGGAUCUCUGGGGAAAUCAGGAAGGAAAGCAGCUUCAUGGGCCGGCGGAGGCUGAUAUCACCGAGUUACCAUUCACUGUUGUCUCUGUGAGGAGUGAAGAUGAAGAAAAGCCACAGUCAUCAGAGCUUCAUCAAAACCAAAGAGAUGAGAGCGCAGAAGUGGAGCUUCUUCCCAGCAACUCAACUGAACACAGAACACUGAAAGUAGAAGCUAAAGACGAGGACUGUGGAGGAUCCCAACCAGCCAGAGACUCGGGUUUACAGCCAGAUACUGAUGACAUGCGGCAGCUGUUGGUGAGUAAAGAAGAAGUUCUCCCUGAGCAGCAGGAAGAGAAACGGAAUCUGGACCAAAAGGACUCAGAUCCUCCAGACAUUAAAGAGGAACAGGAGGAUUUCUGGGAAAGUCAGGAGGAAAAGCAGCUUCAUGGGCUGGAGGAGGCUGAUAUCACUGAGUUACCUUUCACUGUUGUCUCUGUGAAGAGUGAAGAUGGAGAAAAACCACAGUCAUCACAGCUUCACCAAAACCAAAAAGAUGAGAGCGCAGAAGUGGAGCUUCUUUCCAGCAACUUAACUGAGCACAGAACACUGAAAGUAGAAACUAAAGAGGAGGACUGUGGAGGAUCACAACCAGUCAGAGACUCAGGUUUACAACCAGAUACUGAUGGUAAGAGUUUAAACUUUUCUCCGUCAUUUGAGGGGGGAAAAGAUGGCUGUGAACAUCGGCCGCUGCAGAAGCAGCCUUCGAAAUGGGACAUAUGGGCCUAG